UUUGAGAGAGAAUUGACAUAAUAAAUUUGCAGUUGUUGGUGAUAAAAGCGAAAAUAUUUUGAUUCAUAGGGCAUUUAAAAAAAGUAAACAUUAAUAAAUUGUUUAAAGUCUACAAUGGUAGACAAAUUUUCCUAUCAACUUGCCGUGCAAAGUUUGGCAAGAGUUCUAGCACGAAUUAAACCAACGCCUUGGGAAAAGGUGCAAACUUUAUUUCGUUAUUGCCCACAAGAAAAUGCCGUUGGUAUUUUUUGUUUGGAUACGAGAGCACAAGAUGCUGUAAUUGCACUUGGCUUGUACUUUUUGGAAAGUGGAUGUCAACAUGAGGAUCGCAUUGUACCGUAUUUGUUACGUUUAGCUAAGUGCUUGCCCAAGGCAGUUUGGGUGGAUGACUCAAAAUGGAGCAAAACCGAUCGCAUACCAUCAGCAGAAAAAUUUAGUUUCUGUUUAAACACACUUCUCUCAGAUAUUGCAACAAAAUGUCCUGACCUACGUGAGGAUAUAAUAUUGAAUCAAGUGGAAACUUUAAGCGCUUUAGCAAACAUAAUAAAAUCCAGUAAAGAAAGUAGCUCUGCGCCACCACCAAUUAUAUUAUGCAAAGCUACGGUACCAUUACUGUUUGGUUUAGCUCGUUCGAUGGGUCGUUAUGCCAGCAAUGAUCCGCCACUACUCUGUCGCAUAUUUCCCAGAGAAGAGAUGCCCGUUAUCAAACAAAACAUACGUGAUGGAGGCAGUUUUAGCUCAAGUGAACGUAUUGCUUGCUUUACACAAUUUCGUCCAAUUAUACCACGUUCUAUGUCCGGUAGUCUUAGUCAAGAUUCAACAGAUUUACGCCUACGGCAAAUACAAAAUAUAGCAGCCAACAAACAACGGCCACAAUUGCUAACUUAUUUCUCUGUGCCCUAUGAUCCACGUACAUAUUUCUUCACCAAAUAUGGUUCCAGUUUUAAUCAAUUUCCAAAUAUGCGCGUUUGCGAUACACCAACAAAAUCAAAGAGCCUAACUAAUGGUAAUAUGGCAAUAUUUCCCAUACAACAUUUGCAGACGAUUUUUGCUGUUGCCAAGAAGUUACUAACCAAAGAGACACUCGAACAUUUGGACGAGCAAGCCAGUGAUAUAUUUGCUUUGCAUCAGAUUAAAGGUUAUUGCUAUAAAAGUUUCUCGGAAACUUUAAAUUUAGUUUUGGUUACUUUGUUGCGUGAGUUACUGCAACAUCAGGUGGAUUUGCCUGCACCCUUUACCAAGGAUGUACAGGAAUUUGUGAAGCGUCUAUUUUUGAAUGGUCAAACGGAGUUGCAGAAUAAGCAGCAAGAUCAGGAAAGAGAGAAACGUGAAGAGAAUGGCAUUCCUGUCGUUAAUAAAUAUAAAGUUAAUGUCAUGGCUAAUGCAGCUUGUGUAGAUCUGCUCGUUUGGGCAAUACGUGAUGAAACUGUUGAUGAGGAGUACACUGUAACUUCGUUGCAAAAUGGUUUACAAUAUUUUUUGAGUAAAGAAGCAGACAAGUUAUGCGGACGCCUAUCACAGAAACUCAAUUCGAUUUUGAGUCACAAAAUCGUUAUGGAUCAUAUGCCAUUGCUAAUGGUCUGCUUAGAGGGUUUGGGCAAACUGGCACAGAAGUUUCCGAAUAUUGCUGGUACAUCAAUUUCUUAUUUGCGUGACUUUUUGGUAGAUCCAAGUCCAAUACUUGGGAAACUACAUGCACAUUCUCAGCACACACUUGCACUACAAAAGAAAGAAAAAGAGAUUACACCAUUUAAAAUUGUUGUACAAAACAGUGAGUCACGUUCAACUGUUGACAUAUUUGGUGAUCAUCAAAAGAAUAUGGUUCCGCGUUCAGGACAAGCAGCUUUCGAAGCUUUGCGAGAUGCUGCAAUUGAAAAUUUGAGCAUAGCCUUACGUUCAGCGCAUACCUUAGAUCAAUUUUGUGUACCAGCACUCGUAGCUAAUGUAUCUAAUCGUUUAUUCACAGCAGAAAAACAUGAAUCUGAAUCUACAUUGGUUAGUUUGAAUAUAAUUGUCAUGCUUGGACAUGUGGCCGUGGCAUUGAAAGACACUUCCAAAACCACACAGAAUAUUUUACAAUUCUUCAUACAGCGAUUCUGCAAAGUGCCAUCGGAACAGAAUGCUUUAAUUGUUGAUCAACUUGGCUGCAUGAUUAUAUCUCAGUGUGAACCACAUGUCUUUGAGGAAAUAAUGAAAAUGUUUUCACGUGUCACAGUGCAAUCAGCUUCGCUUGCUUAUACAUCAGAUCCUGAACAUCGAAAACAAUUUCAUCAUGUAUCUGAUGCUGUAGUUAAUGCUUUGGGGAAUAUUGCUGCUAAUAUACAGGGUGAUGCUGAAAUGUUGGAAUUACUAGGCAAACUGCUUGAACUCUUUGUACAAAUCGGCCUAGAGGGCGAGCGCUCCUAUGAUAACACACCUGGUGCGCAGAAGGCAAGCUCAAGUGCUGGAAAUCUUGGUAUGCUUAUACCAGUGAUUGCUGUACUUGUGCGUCGUCUUCCGCCAAUCAAAAAUCCUCGUAUGCGAUUGCAUAAAUUAUUUAAAGAUUUUUGGGUUUACUGUGUUGUUAUGGGAUUCUGGGAUGCUCGUCUCUGGCCAGCCGAUUGGUACCAUGGAGUGCAGCAAAUAGCAGCAAAGUCACCAUUAUUAAUUUCACAAACGGCACACAAAUCAGAUAUGCGUGAAUUAAAUUAUACUUCAGCAAUUAAAAGCGAUUCUGUUAGCUUAAAUGAGUUACGUACCCAAAUUCUUCUAUUAUUGGAACAUCCCACAGCUGAUGUUACUGCGGCAAUAAACAAACUUACAUUUGCGCAAUGCACUUAUCUUUUGAGUGUUUAUUGGUUGGAGACGUUGCGUGUGGAAAACUCUGAAGAACCAAGUUUGGAACCGAUUUUAAGUUACCUUUGUGAUACUGCUUUGCAAAAAGAUAAAUCAGGCAUCUGGCAAUGUGUUAAAUGUGUUGCUGAUCAAGUUUUUGAAAAGUUUCGCAAUGUUCUAUUUGCGCACGAUGAGAUACGCGAAAAAGUGCUGGAAUCACAAGCUACAUUACUACUAGUAUACUUCAAUCACAUACAUAAGCAAAUACAACUUGUUGCUGAUCAGUAUCUAUCCCAAUUGGUAGAUAAAUUCCCACAUUUGCUUUGGAAUCGACGUGUACUUUGGUGCAUGUUGGAUAUAUUGCAAUUGCUUGCAUUUUCCCUAACACUCGAUCCAAAUGAGGAGACACCAACUUUACGUGUUAUUUCUACACCAUAUACGCUGCAUUUGAUGGAUUCAUUACCCGCACGUGAAAGUCGUUUAAAGGAUUUUGCUGAUAGAUGUCAGGGCAUAGUAAAUGAGGCAAUGAAGUGGGCUCCACGGUCCACACGUUCACAUUUACAAGAGUAUCCCAAUCAAAUACCUACACCAGUACUUGCACGUCAUAGUGGUUUGGCAUUGGCUUUUGACUCCGUAGUAAACAGUAGCACUUUGUAUCCGAACGCCUUGCCGUCGAUCAGCAAAAGACCAAAUUGUGUUAAUAGUGACACGCCACGUUUUGUAUCUGUACUCUGUUUACGUAGCAAAUAUGCUGGAGAAAUAUCCGGAUUACUUUCGGUACUAAACGAUGAAGAUAAAGCGGGACUUGCCGACCGUUUAGUAAAGGACGUCUGGGAUGCUUGUGCUGACAAAUGUGACGCUAAGCAUCGUGGGGCAUUAUGGCGUGCAACCGCUUAUCUCAUAAUCUGUUGUGAAAUAAAUCGCAAGCUAUUACACGCAGUUGCAACAUCACAAGUCGAAUUAUUCACUGAAUAUGCUAUGGAAACAGCUGUUGAGUGUUGGCAAUGGGUGCUCACAGCACGUCAAGAUCUUGAGUUAUGCUUUAUACAAGAAAUGGUCUGUGCUUGGCAAACAACUUUUGAAAAGAAAAUGGGUUUAUUUUCGGAUGAAGUGGAGAUCACAAAUCCACUAGCUGCUUAUGAAGGUUGCAAGCUAAUAAGCGCACCAAUUCUUAUAACUCCACACGUAAUUUGGCUGCAAUUAAUUUCGGAAAUGGUCGAUACAGCAAAAUAUUGUAAUCGUGAUAAAGUCGAAAUGUUUUGCUUGUUGCUUCAUCGUUGCUUGCCGAUACCAAAAAACAACAAACAAAAUCGACAAGUUUCGACGGUUGGUUGUCGCUUUAAACUUUUGCAAUGUGGGCUUUCCUUGUUACAAGGUAAUACUUUACCUAAAUCACUAGCACGCAACAUACUUCGCGAACGCAUUUAUAGUAACGCAUUAGACUACUUUUGCGGUCCUCCGACCUGUCCAAAUCAAAGCAAAGAGCAGUUAUUGGAUGAUAUAUUAAUACUUUUGAAAUUCUGGCAAACUAUGCGGAGUGAGAAAAAGCAUUUGGUUACUUCAGAAGUGGGAGAUUACGAUAUUGCCACAGCAAAUUCAACUCAAAUGUUAUCUGUUAAACAAAAUCCCGAAACUGCUUCACUUAUAAGUGGUGGCGAAGUUGGUCGUUCAAUGUCGGCAACUGGCACUACUGGUGGUUGGUAUAACACAAUACCACAUUCUACUUCGACACUUUCAAAACGCUCGAAUCGUUCGAAACGACUACCUUAUCAGAAGGACUCAUACGACAAGGAUUAUAUGAAAAAACGUAAUUUAAUACUAGAACUCUUGGCAGUAGAAUUAGAAUUUUUGAUUACUUGGUAUAAUCCAAACAGUUUUCCCGACUUGGCUAUUCCCGGUGAAGAACAAAUCACAGAAUGGCGCGCACGUCCAUACAAAAUGAAUGUUUGGCGUGAUUAUGCACGCUUGGCUUGGUACUAUAAUCCCUCACUUGCAGUAUUCCUACCACAACGUAUUAAAAAUGCCGAAUCAAUUGAAGAAGAAGUAACGCGCUUAGUUUGUUCUGAUCCAGUUGCUGUCUGUCAUAUACCUGAAGCUUUAAAAUAUCUUUGCACCACCAAAAAUUUGUUACAUGAGAGUCCUGAUCUUAUGUAUAUUCUAUCUUGGUCACACGUAAAUCCAAUACAAGCGCUAGCAUAUUUUUCACGUCAAUAUCCUUCGCAUCCUUUAACAGCGCAGUACGCUGUUAAGACUCUAUCUUCAUAUCCAGCUGAAUCUGUACUACCUUACAUACCACAACUUGUGCAAGCUUUACGACACGACACCAUGGGUUAUGUUGCAGAAUUUAUUAAGAAUAUAUCAAAACGUUCACAAAUUGUUGCACAUCAGUUAAUAUGGAACAUGCAAACAAACAUGUACAUGGAUGAAGACCAGCAACAUAAAGAUCCGAAUUUAUAUGAAAGCUUAGAUUUGCUAUCACAAAAUAUAAUUUCCUCUUUCUCUGGUGCGGCAAAACGUUUCUAUGAGCGUGAGUUUGAUUUCUUUGGAAAAAUAACUGCAGUUUCUGGUGAGAUACGCUCUUUUCCAAAGGGUCCAGAACGCAAAAAUGCUUGUUUAGCUGCAUUGAGUCGUAUUAAGGUGCAAUCUGGUUGUUAUCUACCAUCAAACCCAGAAGCUAUGGUUUUAGAUAUUGACUAUAGUAGUGGCACGCCUAUGCAGAGCGCUGCAAAGGCGCCGUACUUAGCUAGAUUUAGGGUACACCGCUGUGGUAUUACAGAACUAGAGACACGUGCAAUGGACGUAUCUAAUAAUCCGCACGCGCAAGAGGAUAAUAAAAUUUCCAUGGGUCUUGAGUGCUGGCAAGCUGCAAUUUUCAAAGUAGGUGAUGAUGUACGACAAGAUAUGUUAGCUCUGCAAGUGAUAACUAUCUUCAAAAAUAUAUUCCAACAAGUUGGUUUAGAUUUAUUCCUAUUCCCCUACAGAGUAGUAGCUACAGCACCUGGUUGUGGAGUAAUUGAAUGUGUACCAAAUGCUAAAUCACGAGACCAACUUGGUCGUCAAACUGAUUCUGGUCUUUAUGAAUACUUUUUGCAUCAAUAUGGAGAUGAAAGUUCAAAAGAAUUCCAAGCAGCGCGGGCCAAUUUUGUGAAAUCUAUGGCAGCCUAUUCAUUAAUUGGUUAUUUGCUACAGAUUAAAGACAGACAUAAUGGCAAUAUAAUGAUUGAUAAAGAUGGACACAUCAUUCAUAUAGAUUUCGGUUUCAUGUUUGAGUCAUCACCUGGUGGCAACAUUGGUUUCGAACCGGAUAUGAAACUUACUGACGAAAUGGUUAUGAUAAUGGGUGGCAAAAUGGAGGCACCACCUUUCAAAUGGUUUUGUGAACUUUGCGUACAGGCCUUCUUAGCUGUACGUCCAUAUCAAGAUGCAAUUGUUUCACUGGUCUCGCUUAUGUUGGAUACUGGUUUGCCAUGUUUCCGUGGACAAACUAUUAAUUUAUUAAAACAACGUUUCGUGUCUACCAAAAAUAAUAAAGAAGCCGCAGCCCAUAUGUUGGCGGUAAUACGUAAUUCAUACCAGAACUUCCGUACCCGUACCUAUGAUAUGAUCCAAUAUUAUCAAAAUCAAAUACCAUACUAAUCAAAUCAAAUCAAAUCAUCUUAUUUAUUGGAAAGUGUUCUAAAUGUAUUAUUAUGUAUUAUAAUUUAUGUUGUAUAUAUUUAGGUUAAAAUUCUGUUAUUAGUGUGAAAGUAUUAAUUUUAAAA